GCCCCCCUCCCCGCUCGUAUUGAAUUUUUUCCUGUUUUACUGCUUUCGCUGAGCUGAGCUUCCCCCCCCCCCCCAUCGGCUGGCUGGUCGGCUGGGUCCGCUUGCUUGGGGUGGGGGUGAGGGGCGAGUGUAUCUAAAAGAGGGCUUGUCUGGGACUAGGUUGGUUCAAAUCUCCACCAAUCAAAAGUUACCCUUUACCCGGACUGGUCUUCAACUCCGCCCCUCAACUUUUGGUUGGUUCUGAGCCUCGUGGGUGCCAAACUUGAGUGGUUCUUAUUAACUCCGCCCCUAUUUCACAUUUUUAUAUAUUUUUUUUUUUUUCGAACGCGAAAAGGUUGUUUCUUGUUGGUUAAUUUCGACUUUAUGCGUACAAUAAUAAAUAGCCAGUUGAUUUUUUAUUAAUUUUUUUUUUUUUUUUUGUGUGAAUUUUUUUUUUUUUUAACUUUUUAUAUAUUGAAAUGUCUCAAUCCAUGCAAACAGCCGACAUGUCCAACUUGAUUCAUCGUCUAAAAGCACGAUUAGCGCUGGCUAAUUAUAAACGAGAACACGGUUACGAGAAUGUCGAUCUACGAACAUUGGAGUCCAGUCUGUAUCAACACAAGGUGUUACCUACAGCGACCGCCUCGAUUACAACAACAACAACAACAACAGGAGCGGGUAAACCCACGCUAGACAAGAAACGUCGUAAAUUGCUAUUAUCACAUCAUCGCUUUUAUCCUACUUCACCACCACUACAACAUAAUGAUAUGGAUAGACUUAUCAAGAAAAACGCGUCCCGUGCUACCGUUCAUCACGUUCCUCUAUCCGAAACACGGUUACAGCAUCAUCACAUACUCGAUGAUAACCGGAAAUUGUCUGCUACUUUGUCUUCUGAUGAUGAAGAUGCUGCGCAUUUAUUAGUUCUUAUGCAUCAAAGUCCCACCAUGGCUUCAUAAGCGGCCAUUUAAUUUAUUUUGUCCACACACACAUAUUUAUCGUUUUUAUAUAUAUAUAUAUAUAUAUAUAUUUACUUUCAUUUUUUUUUUGCAUAACCUUCUUAUCUAAAAUAAAUUAGAUGGCUUCUGUUACACAUACAUCCCACCCCCAAAUUAAGUGGGAGCAUGGUUGCCUCUUCCCAUUCAUCCCGUUACUUCUAUCAGACAACGACCCUUCAAAAUGUGUGC